GAUAAACUGAGCCCCUCCAAAAUCAUGCGCUUUUUCACCACCCCUCGGAAACGGGCUAAUUCCAGCUCUGACAGGCCUCGUUCUCUGGUUUUGAUGGGCAACUCGUCCACAUGGAAUGCUUUGUCUUCCAUCAGAAAAAUGGGAUCUUUCAAGAAGCUGAAAUCUUCAGUUCUCCAAGGAAGUCAAACGAGGGAAUGCCCAGACAUCUUAAAUGAGAAUGGUGUAGGCAAACAUGGUUCAAACGGGGCAGUGAUGCGAGUUCAGACUAACAGGUAUUCCUAUUCGGGGCCUCUACAUGAUUUCCAGAACUCAGUGGAGGGUUUAGCUUCUGACUGCUCUGAUGCAGAGGAGAGCGAUGAGUCUUUCCUGAGGAAUACUCAUCGCUCACGCAGCAUCAGGCGGGCUUACGGUGCUGGCCGCAUAAACUUGCUAGACACCGAUAAAGUUCAGAGUCAUCAAAACUGUACUAGGCCAACAUCUCCUGUCAUCACUGAGCCAAAGAUCUGUGAAAUUUUGGUGAAAGACUCUGAAAACAACAGGAUCGUUUAUCGGAGAAGCAAAAGUUCGGAUAAUUUGAACUUUCUGAAAAAAAGCUCGUUCAAACGGAAGUCAACCUCAAACCUCACCGACCUCAAGGUUGAAAAUGAAAAACAGAUGCCAGCGAGGACUGUGAGUGUUACUUCUGCUGACUCGGACAAAAGUGGUGGGAACCCGGAGAGGAGAUCCAAGCGAUGGAAGAGCCCUAUCAGGGCAAAGGAUUUUGACCGAGUUUUGAAACUUGUCAGUAAUGUUACAGAUGUUGCAUGGAAGAAGGAUGGCCCUAAGAGCACGGCUCCUUCUCCCAGUGAGUCCCACAGAACAAGGUCAAACAGCAGACUGCAUGAUGACUACUCCCGCAGGGUUUCCAGCAGCACAGAUCAUGACAGAAAAAGAUGCGCCUCUCCAGUGUCUAGUCCAGAUGCUUCUUUUCCAGGAACACCUUGUCUGCAAAGCCCCACAGUUGCUCAGGAUAAAGAGGCUGAAAUGAGUGUAGUCCUUGCUGAAGACAAAAGCCUCAGGACGUCAUCGGGUAUCCCAGACUCUGACAGUUUAUCACCCACGCUGAAUGACAUUAGUCCCUUUCCCAAUGAAGUGUUUUAUUCGGAUUCAGAUGAGCCAAAAGCUAGCCAGCAGUUUACAUGUGAAGUUGAAACUGCUCAUGUUCCAGUCAGGCCAACUACUCCAAAGCCUAAAAGUCCCACCGCAGAGAAGGUCAAGUGCAAUAUGAACUUUCAGUGCCCAAACCGUCACAGCACGCUGUCACUGAGCUCAUCAGAGAGCGAGGAGAGAGUCGAGGGGCUGAAGCUGGGCAGGAAUCCUGUUUGCUUCCAGGACUCGGUGCAAACUGUGUACUGUGAUGAUGGAAAUGAAGACAGUGGCAUAAGCAGCCACUCUCAGCUGAGCCUCAAUUUAGCCUCUAGUGCUGAAGAGAAAAAGGAAGAGGUUGUUUCUGAUGACCACUGGAAGAAGUCCUCAUCCCAGGAUGAAGAAAAGGCAGACACUCAAAAGGUGACGCCCAGGAGAUGGGGCUCUGGAAAAAGAUCUCGCCCCAGACCUCUCUCAGACUAUGGCCAAAUGUCGAUCAGAAGCUUCUCUAUACCAGAAGAUGCAGUUGCAGUGGAGUCUCAGAAGACAAACUGCGCAGAUGGAGAAAAUCAGCCAGGGCUGGCUUCCGGCAGGUCUGUGAUCCAAAGCAGUACAGUAGGCUACCACAGAGGGCGAAAAAGAAGACCCAUCUCCGUAAUUGGUGGGGUCAGUUUCUAUGGAAGUGGCCCGCCAGAAGAGAUAGAAGGACUGCUGACACAACCUGUAACCCGGCCACCCGUUCCAGCACACCAGGUACCCCCGUACAAAGCAGUUUCAGCCAGGUUCCGGCCCCUCACCUUUUCACAAAGUACCCCCAUCGGCCUGGACCGAGUUGGACGAAGGCGGCAGAUGAGAACAGCUAACGUUGCUGCAGAUGGUGGGACUGAGUCUUCAGCCUUAGUGGAUGACAAUGGCAGUGAGGAAGAUUACAGUUAUGAGGAGCUCUGCCAAGCCACCCCCAGGUACCUGCAGCCCGGAGGGGAGCAGCUAGCAAUUAACGAGCUGAUAAGCGAUGGCAGCAUUGUCUAUGCAGAAGCUCUCUGGGACCAUGUGACUAUGGAUGAUCAAGAGCUGGGCUUCAAAGCUGGAGAUGUCAUUAGAGUUCUAGAAGCUUCCAACAAAGACUGGUGGUGGGGAAGGAAUGAGGACAAGGAAGCCUGGUUUCCAGCUAGCUUUGUCAGGCUGCGAGUUAAUCAGGAAGAAGUACCAGAAAAUUGCAGUAGUAUCCAGGAUGAAGAACAAGAUGCAGAUAUUAGCAAGCAUCGGCAGAAAAUAGCUGAAAACAAGGAUCAGAUGAGAACCAACGUUAUACAGGAAAUUAUGAACACAGAACGAGUCUAUAUCAAGCACCUCAAGGACAUCUGUGAGGGUUAUAUUCGGCAGUGUCGCAAACAUACAGGAAUGUUCACCGCAGCUCAGUUAAGCACCAUCUUUGGAAAUAUUGAAGAUAUCUACAAGUUCCAAAGGAAGUUUCUGAAGGAUCUUGAAAAACAGUACAACAAAGAGGAACCUCAUCUAAGUGAAAUAGGGUCAUGCUUUCUUCAACAUCAAGAAGGCUUUGCUAUUUAUUCAGAGUAUUGCAACAAUCAUCCCAGUGCCUGCAUUGAACUUUCCAAGCUAAUGAAACAGGGAAAAUACCGUCACUUCUUUGAGGCCUGUCGCUUGCUUCAGCAGAUGAUUGACAUUGCCAUUGAUGGUUUUCUUCUCACACCUGUUCAGAAAAUCUGCAAAUACCCUCUGCAGCUUGCAGAAUUGCUCAAAUACACCACUCAGGAGCACAGUGAUUAUAACAAUAUAAAAGCUGCAUAUGAGGCUAUGAAGAACGUAGCGUGCCUGAUCAAUGAGCGGAAAAGAAGACUAGAAAGCAUAGACAAGAUUGCACGUUGGCAGGUCUCAAUUGUAGACUGGGAGGGACCAGAUGUGUUAGCCAGAAGCUCAGAACUGAUCCACUCAGGAGAACUGACCAAAAUAUCAAAGCAAGGCAAAAGCCAGCAGAGGACUUUCUUCCUUUUUGACCAUCAACUUGUGUUCUGUAAGAAGGACUUACUGAGAAGGGACAUCUUAUAUUAUAAGGACCGUAUUGACAUGGAUGAGAUGGAAAUUGUGGACACUGAAGAUGGCAGAGACAAAGACUUUAACAUUAAUGUCAAGAAUGCUUUUAAGAUAAUAAACAGAACCACAGAAGAGAUUCAUUUGUUCUGUGCGAAAAAACAGGAAGAUAAAAAGAGAUGGAUGGAAGCAUGCGAAAGUGAAAGGAGAAGAGUUCAGGAAGACAAGGAAAUGGGAAUGGAAAUCUCAGAAAACCAGAAGAAACAAGCCAUGCAGAAUGCUCGUAAGUCAAGACAUGGAAAAAUUAAAGGCUAUAACGGGUGUCCUGUGCCUCCUCCACACCAAAGCCUGCAUCCUAUUCAUCAGCGCCACAUCACUGUGCCUACCAGCAUCCCGCAGCAGCAGGUUUUUGCCCUGGCAGAACCCAAGCGGAAGCCAUCGCUCUUCUGGCACACCUUCAACAAACUCACCCCCUUUAAAAAGUGA